GGCGAUGGUGCUGCUGGAGAGCGAGCAGUUCCUGACGGAGCUGACCAGGCUCUUCCAGAAGUGCCGGCUGUCGGACAGCGUGUUCAUCACCCUGAAGAUGUAUGACGGUCGCACCAAGCCCAUCCCCAGGAAGGGCUCCGUGGAGGGCUUCGAGCCCGCGGACAAGUGCCUGCUGCGAGCCACUGACGGCAAGAAGAAGAUCAGCACGGUGGUGAGCUCCAAAGAAGUGAAUAAGUUUCAGAUGGCUGAUUCAAACUUGCUGAGAGCCAACAUGGAUGGCCUGAAGAAGAGGGACAAAAAGAGCAAGAGUAAGAAGAGCAAAGCAGCACAGUGAAGGACCCCAGAUUUCUUGCUUUCACCAACCACUGAAUUGCUAUGCUUUCUUUUGGUUCCCUUAUAAUAACUUUUCAUCAUUUUGGAUGGAAGAAUGCUGUGUUUUAAUGCUGUAGGAGCUUUGUUUAUUGUGAAUGCUCCAUAGGUCUGUGUUGCUUAGUUAUAGAUUCCUGGAUUACAUUUUAAAGUCUUUACAGCUAUCUGUAUGAAGAGCAAUGUAUCAUUAAAUUUGUCUAU